AUGUCCUCUUCUUCUUCAGACAGUUCGGCUUCCCCUUCGCCGAUCCUCGAAGGCCAACCAUCUUUCUUCCCACAACUCUCCCCGCCUGCAUGCGCAUUGCCGAAACCUACCGUGACGAGGAAAUCCUCCUCCAAGACUGCUUCCAGGGUUGCUCCGAUUCCGGAAGAUGAAUCGCUGGAUGAGUUCGAGCUUCGAUCGCCGACGACGAGCGAGGAAGAGGGCAGACUGUACGAUGUGAAUGCGGAGAUCAAAUCCACACUCAUGGAACUUCUCAACACGGAAGCUGUUCGUAGCGAUGGGAAGAUGCGAGCGUGGAUCCAGAGCAAGCUCAUGGAGGCCGAGAUGGAGCUCAAGAAGCAGAGGAGGCAUAACAGUGGGAGGAGACGCUCGAGCACGCCGCGGAUCGUGCUCUCGCCAAGCCACGAGGAAGUGGCUUGA